GCCCCGUGAAAUAUUAACACGAUUAUGUUUUUUUUCUACUAAUAUUCUAAUUACAUUUGUUAAAGGUCUUACUAAACAUGCUAGCUAUUAACAUCAAUAUUUGAGAUUCUAUUCCAAAUGGCAAAAUCCAUGCCAACAACCAAACAAGUUGGCUUUUAAUAUCAGACAGAUACAUGCAUACCAUCUCUCAAGAAAACCUAACAUAAUCACUAACCAAUCAUCAAGUCAUCAAUUAACUACACCUAAAAUUUGUCAACAACUUUGCCGUAGGGCCAACACUAUCAUCUCAACCAUCUUCAUGUCGAGCAAUUAAAUUCCACUCCCCACGAUUAAAUUUUCUCUAUAACAACACCAAUCAAUUCCUCAUUCCACUCAGAAAACAUGGCAAACAAAUUUCUAAUAAUAAUUUCCGUACUCCUAUCAUCCUUUUAUAACUCCAAUUCCGUAGGAAUUGCCAUUUACUGGGGCCAAAAUGGCUUUGAAGGCACCUUGAAUUCAACCUGCUCAACAGGAAACUAUGCAUUCAUCAACAUAGCCUUCUUAAUCCAAUUCGGCGAAAAAAGAACCCCAAUCCUCAAUCUCGCUGGCCACUGUGAUCCAAGCUCCAACGGCUGUGUUCACCUAGGCUACGACAUAAAUUUCUGCCAAUCAAACGGAGUAAAAGUUCUCCUCUCCAUUGGCGGAGGAGUAGGGAACUACUCCCUCUCAUCUCGUCAAGAUGCAAAAAAUGUCGCAAAGUAUUUGUACAAGAAUUUCUUGGGCGGCCAUUCUUCUAACCGCCCUCUGGGGCCUGCAGUUCUAGAUGGUAUUGAUUUUGAUAUUGAACUUGGAACUAACCGUUAUUGGGAAGAACUCGCGAAAAAUCUCUAUAAAUACAGUCUGAGAGGGAGGAAAGUGUAUUUAUCUGCAGCUCCUCAGUGUCCGCUUCCUGACUUCUUUAUGUCAGAGGCUCUUGAGACUGGGUUGUUUGAUUAUGUAUGGAUACAGUUUUACAAUAAUCCACAGUGUGGGUACUCUGAAGGGGAUGUAACUAGAAUUUUGAGUUCAUGGAGGAAGUGGACUUACAGGAUUCCGGCAACGGAGAUUUUCUUGGGUCUGCCGGCAGCUCCUCACGCGGCAGGAAGCGGGUUUAUUCCGGCGAGUGUGGUUGUUUCAGAGGUGUUGCCUGUGAUUAGAAGGGAGGUGAAGUAUGGAGGGGUGAUGUUGUGGUCAAAGUUUUACGAUGAUCAGACUGGGUAUAGUGCCUCAAUUAAGAGCUAUCUGUGAGCAUGAGUUUUGGGAGUUUCGAACAAAUUAAAUUUGAACAUGUUCUAUGAUUAUUAUUGAUCAUUAGAUUUUAGACGAAAUUUCUGUAUUAUUAUUAUUAUUUUGGAGAAAACUGUAUUUUCAGCUUGUGUUUCUGAGUUAGAUAAAGAUACGUGCUAAUUAGCUGGUCAGUCGACUAUGGAUUUUUGUUAAUGUUAAGGAUUCGUUGCCUCGAUUA